UUACUUCCGGGAAAUUUAAAACUUUCCAGUUCUGUUUGGUGCUAUGGUUCUGAUAAUACAAAUCGACAUUGCAGAUUCCGGAACCUGUGUUUUUUUCCUAAAACAAAUGACUUUGUGUUUUUUCAUGGAUCAAAGUCUGUGUACUUUGGUAUUCCAGAGAAUCGAUUCAACCCAGCAUUGGCUGAUUUAGCUUCAGUUGAGAAUCAUAAUACACAGUACUUCCAUUUUACAGAUAUGCCUGAAUCAGAAUCCCAAAGUUUCAACAAAACUUUCAUUGAUAAAAGAUUUUUUAUAUUUAACAGAUUCAAUCCAGGUAAUUUAAUGCAUGUUUUGCAUGAUGACUUGAUACCACUGAUAUCAUCCCUGAAAGAGAUUUGCGGAGCGGUAACUAUAAAGGAAACUCAGGAGUGUUUGAAAAGCUUUGAACUGUUCCUUGCAGAUAAACAUCCACCAGGAAUGUUUUUUAACCUUUAUGAAGAAUUAUCAGCAGGUAGUCCAGUGUUAGCUAUAAAUCUCACUGAUAAUAUGAUAUGCUUUGCAGAAAGUUUUGUUGGCUUACGUAAGCAUACGUUAUGGUAUCAAUAUGGGUUCAAAAUACCUCAGGGGCCUCUAAAAAGAGAUAUGAAAAUUGUAACUCAUGAAGUUAAGAUAUUUAUAGAAAUGUUUAGAGGAAAAUUCGGUAAAAAAUAUAGCUUCACAGAUGAUGAGAGUUAUGCUGUUUUAAUAACAAGGAAUAAUCGAAUUAUUAUAAAUGAAGCUGAGGUUUUGGAAGAACUACAUAAAUGCUCUGGUUUAAAAAUGAAGAAAAUUAGCCUUGAAGAAAACAGUUUGCAAGAAAUUAUUCAAGUCAUACAUAAUUCAAAGGUGUUAGUUGGCAUGCAUGGGGCUCUUCUUGUUCUGCUCAUGUUCUUAAAACCAAAUUCUAUUGUAAUUGAGUUGUUUCCUUAUGGAGUAAAUCCAGACAAUUAUACCCCUUACAAAACAUUGGCUACACUCCCAGGAUUUGGUUUAAUUUAUCAUGCAUGGCGAAAUACAGAAUUAAAGAACACCAUAAUCAAACCAGAUAAUCCAGUUGAAUUGGGAGGCAUACGUCACCUUCCUCUAACAGUUCAACAACAAAUUUUAGACAGUCCUGAAGUACCUCAGCAUUUAUGCUGCAAUAAUCCAGAGUGGUUGUUUAGAAUUUAUCAAGAUACUAUAGUAAACAUCAGUUCUUUCUCUCAAGUGUUGCAGCAUGCAUUACUGCAACAGGUGGAAGGCAAGAUCUUUCAACAACAUAAUGAGAACUUGAUAAGGAGAAAACUCUACCCAGGAGAAGUGCAGAAUCUAGCAUGUCUUGUUUCCAGUGAUGAAACGUGGACUAGUUUGGUGCUUUCAUGGGAAAAACCAUGGAAUUUAAAAUAUAUUAACUUUUCCCUGGUUGUGUAUGAAGUAUUAGUGCAGGAAGUAAAUACAGAAAAGGUGCAUUCUGUUCAGGUAAAAACAACAAAACAUACUUUUUACAAGCUCCAGCAAAACACUGAUUAUAUGAUUUGGCUACGUUGUCAAGUGGAUGGUAGGUCAGGGCAUUUUAGUACGUACCCAUUACAUUGUUAUACGUGAAACUAGAAUAUUUUUGUGUUGUCAACUUGUGAUUUUUCUUCAUUGUCAUGUUUCAAUAGUAUAUCAGAUAAGAGCAAUUGUGUAAUUUUUAACUUAAAAAUAUUCAGUUGGCUGCAUAGCACUGAAAAUCUUGUUGAAAUGUAAUUAAAUCUAAAAGAAAUAGUUGAACAAACUGGAUGACGGGACUUUAGUAAUCAUACAAUUCAUGCCGUUAUGGUUUCUGACUAGACAGAUCUUGCUUAUCUGUUUUUCUUCUAUAUCUUGUUUUUUAAUAUGAAAAUUAUAUAAAACCACCAAUUUAGUACUGUAUAUAUAAUGGUGCAGUUGAACGAGAAGGGUAAAUAAUUUGAUUGAAUAGAGUGCAAAAUACUUUUGACUAAAUCUAAUUUUGUUAACACAUGAAUUCACUUUUGCAGCUUUAUGUGGCUCUUUAUAAAUACUCUGAUUGAAAAAAUUAUAGACUCAAUCAGGCAUACAUAUGGAGUGAUAAUAUCAGAUUUGAUUUAUUUAUUUGAAUGUUUUUUAUUUAAAAGAAACAGGAUACAGUUGCACUACACAUCUGCUUACAUUUUACAUUCAAAUUCCAAAGCUUUUGUUGCCAGUACAACAAAUGUCAGCCAAUUAAAGUUUAAUGUUGAAGUCUGAGUGGAUGUGCCAAAGCCUCAUUAGGCAGUUGGAAGUACAACAUAAUGUUAGGCUGGCAGUUAGGGUUAGAAAUAAACUGUAAAAUCACUGUUAGAAAUACUCCAAAAUAUUUAUGCAUGUUGCAGCUUUGAAACUGUUUUGGUAUUAGACAAAAAUAAAAAAAUGGCUCUUUUUUUUUUUGAAGGAUUGCAGACCUCUGGUGUAGUGUGUUCAUUAGAUCAUUUUGUUGUAAUGAGAGUUCAAUGAAUGGUCAAUUAUUUACUGAAAUAGUUUAGAUACAGUUUUUCUAUAGUUUUACUGAAGAAGUAUAACACCAAUUAUGUGAUUGAUUCAGAAUACUGGAACAGUAUUUUGUACCUAUACUUUUAAGUUUUAUUUUUAGUUUACUUGGAAAUCAUCAGUUUGAGUUGUUAGUAGCUUUACAACAAAUUUAAUAAAUGCAAUUUAAAAUUAUGGAAUGCAUUUUUGUUUACUUUUGGAAUUGUUUUAGGUUGCUUGCUAAGUCCUUCUUUCCUAAACCUAUCUUGGAAGAACCGAAAUUUUUACUGUUUCAGAGUUUUCUCUUAGCAUAACAUUACUCUUUAGUUGUCUUUGGAAUUAAUGAUGCCUUGAGAGUUGUACCUCUGUAAACGAUAAUUUUAUGUAAAAUCGAAAGCACAAUUGUUUGUGUGAUAUUUCUGUAGAUGAAUUUGUCUAUUUAAAGAAAGUAUUCAUUCUCGUGUUUUUGUUAAAAAAUAUUACCUACGUCUAAAAAUGUUGUUUUUAAAGACAAAAAAACUAUGUUAGUUUUAUGAACUUGAAAUCAUUCCUCGGUCAUUAAAACUGUAAGUCUGAGAAGCCAGUAAGUUACAAAUUCUUUAUUACUAACUUAGAAGUUAUUUGCCUUGUAAACAUUUUUUUAAAGAGUGGCUUCCAAAGUCACAAACUCAAAUUAUAACCAAAUAAUCAUUGUAUUUAAACCAUAUUUUUUAACUCUAGAUAACCCUUGGUAGUAAAUGAGUUUUACCAGAACAAAAAAUUAUUUUCAUAUAUUUAUAUAUAUA